AUUGGUAGAAAUGGACAUUACUGGGAGAUCGGUGAAAGAGGCCCUCAAAGUAGGCCAUUCGUCAAGUGACACAGAGUCAGUGCUGAUUGGCUGCAUACCUCACACGCGCAUACGCAGCUUAUUUUCAUCAUGUGAUUUGAGAAUGAUCGAAGAUAUCGUCGAAGAUAUCAGCAGACUAUCGGGACUACCGGGACAUCACGGAUUCCUCCAUUUUGAUCUUCGUUUCGUUAUAUGUAGUCUGUGUUUCGAUCUGAAUAAUCUGUCUACGGCCAGCUGUCUAAUUCCUACGAGAUGCCAGUUAAGAGCGAGAUCAAGUCCAGUUGGGCUGAUGAAGUUGAGGAAGAGGGAACAUUACCCCCACCUUCCACAGUCUAUGAGAACGGCUUCAAAAUUCAUACCGAAUAUAAAUACAAUGAGGAGGACAAGAGAGUCAAGAUUGUAUGCACUUACAAGAUAGAGCGGCGUAUAGUGUCGAAAACAAUUGCCGCUCGUAAAGAUUGGAAAAAGUUCGGCGACUCCGCUGACGAUGGGCCGGGUCCGAAUCCGGCCACCACUCUCGUUGGCGAGGAAGUGGUCGUACAAUUUAUAUCCAGCAAGGAGGAGGAGAACAAAGUGGAGGAAGAUUCCCUCGACCGGUUGAAAAAUAUGGGCGACAAGGGUGUCGUCAAGUGCCGUAACUGCAACGGCGAUCACUGGACGUCCAAGUGCCCGUACAGAGACACCGCGGCAGUUCUCACUGGUGGAAAAUUAGCACCGGACGAGAAAUCGCUCGCGUCUGAAGCCAAGAGUGAAGGAGGGAAGUACGUGCCGCCCGGUAUGCGCGAUGGCGCGAGCAAACGCGGUGAUUCAAUGAUGCAGCGACGUGACGACGCGUUCGCCAUACGCAUCGCGAAUCUGUCGCAGAGCACGACGGACGCGGAUCUGGACGAUCUCGUCAGACCCUUCGGGUCGGUGGUAAAACAGUAUCUCGCGAAAGAGACGAAACUUGGAAACCUGUGCAAAGGGUUCGCUUAUGUUCACUUCAGGUACAGGGCCGACGCUCAGAAAGCGAUCGACGUGCUAAAUGGUUACGGUUACGAUCAUCUCAUCCUGAGCGUCGAAUGGUCGAAUAGGCCGCAAAUUUAAAUAACAUGAUAAAACAAUUAGAUCUACGUACAUUAUUCUCAUUAUUGUAAAAAUCAAAAAUAUACUUAAUUAGCAUAAUAUAUAUUUUAUUUACGCCAUUGUUGAAAAUAAAAAU